AUGUCUGAUAAAAACGCCUCGGUCAGUGCUUAUCGGUCACCCGCCCCUUUGCUGGCCCGUCAGCUCCGAGGAAUUCUCCGGGAGUUCAUCAUGAGCCUGUCCUUGAUCGAUUUCAUCGCCUAUUCGGCUGUUAUUUUCACGGCUUUUGUAAUUAUCCGCUAUUUUAUCGAGCUUCUCCAAAUUUCUAAUUUGAAAAGGAGGGCCGUUUUUAUCACUGGAUGCGAUACUGGUCGGUUUUUUGAGAUUCUAAAAUGAUUUUCAGCAUUUUUAUUAAGGUUUUUAUUCAGGAUAUUAAGGUAAAGUGGUCCUUUUAGGAUUUUCUAAAUAUUUAUUUAUACUGUUUUUGAAUUUUUAGACUUUAGACUUCUUUUAAAUUAGCUUAAUAUUCAGGUUUAAGAUUUUUUGAAACUUGAAAAAAAAAUUAUAGCCAUCAGGAUAGUCUAAAAAGCUACCUGAAGGCUAUAAUUUAUCUUUUUCUUCUUUUUGAAGCUUUUUUGAGGUUUUCAAGGGGCAGAAAUUCAUUUAUCGCUUAUUUUUUGCCUUCUUUCAAGGAAUUUUCAUUUUUUUCGAAGAAGAGUCUUUCAAAAAGGACUCUAAAUAUGAAAUUUGAAGGUCCUUUUGAAUUUUAAAAAAACUUAAGAUCUUGGGUUUUUUUCGAGUUUUUUUAGGUGAUUAUAAAGCUUCAUAGAUGAUUCCCUAGAUGAUUUUCGAAAGUACAAGAUCUUGAAAGUUUUUUUUUGUGAAUUUUUUUCAAGUUUGAAUAUUUAACGUUGCUUCGAGCUUUGAAACAUGUGAAAAAUUUGAAAAAAAAUUUUUUAGGUUUUUUAAACUUAUAAGAAUUGGUUUUUAAUAUCUUUCAUGUUGGCAAUUCGACUUUUUGAGGCCAAAAUCCAACUAAACUUACCUAUGUGGCUCUGUAGCUUCAGAAAACGAUCAGAAGCUUUAAAGGAGUUUAUAUUUUGUUUAUUUAUUCAUUUAUAUUCAUUGGGAAAGUCUUCAAUGGCCACUAUAGAGGCUCCCCAAGGACUACUUGGAGAGGACACUAAAGUGGCCACUAAACCCACCUCUAUAGUGGCCACUACUUUCCGUUUUAGUGGCCACUCUAGAGGUUCUCUAUUUAGUGGUCAUUUCAGUAUUUUUCAUCCAAUAUUCCUUCCAGUAACUCUGAUAAUUUUAAAACAAACAUAUUGAACCAGUUAUGUUGAUCCAUUGACCCCUAAAGUGGCCACUAAAAUUCUUUUGUGGUCUAGCAGUAGCACUAGGACCUCUAUAGUGGCCACUAAUGUUUAACCCCUUAAGUGACCACUAAUUUGACUACUGUAGUGGCCAAUAAAAAGUCGAAACCCUAUAGUGGCCACUAAAAAUUUUCCCAGUAGAUUUUGAGGUAUUGGAAAAUUCAGGUUUCGGCCAUGAUCUGGCGAUCCGCUGCUUGCAGCACGGAAUGCCAGUUUUUGCUGGUUGCCUGACUGUUAAGGUUUCAAAAUGCCCUUAUUAAGAUAUAACAAAAAUAUUUCUAGGGAUCAGAAAACCUCGAAAAAGUUUCCAAGCUUCUGUCCGGGAAACUUCGCGUCAUAAUCAUGGACGUCACGAAGAAGGAGGAUAUUUUAAAAGCCCGCAAAAUUUUGGAGGAUGAAUGUCCGCAAUAUGGAGGUUCGAGGGGGAAAAAAAGGAACUUGGAAAAGUGCAGAGAUUUGAAUUUCAAGUGGAGAAUCGCAACAUUUUCGGGGAAUUUUUGGUCUUUUUUUCGUUCUUUGUGUCGUAAAGUUGGGAUUGAAAACAAGGGAGUUACAGUAAUCUUUUUGGCUUUCUGGUUGAAUUAUUUUAUCCUUAAAGAGGAAUCGGAAAAAGGUGAAAAAAGUACUUUUUUCAAAGAUUGGGGAAUAAAAUAUUGAAUAAAGUUAUUUAGACAGGUAUAUGUUAACUUAUCGAUUGAGGAAUGGUUUUAUAAGGAGUUUCUUUUUUUGAGUAAGAGGUUGAGGUUUGGUUGAGAAAAACUAUGAGAAAAAAAUAUUUUGUUCAUCCAUUUUUUGAAUAAUUUAUAUUUCAAAAAUCGAAAUAAUCCCGCCUCCAGGACUCCACGGACUCGUCAACAACGCCGGGAUCACCAGCAAGGAAGCCUACGACGAUUUCCUGACCCUGGAAGACUACAAAAAAGUGGCCGAUGUGAACACCUGGGGCGUCAUUCAAGUCACUCACGAGUUGAAGCAUCUUGUCAAAAAGACGAAGUGAUUUAUAAUAUUUGUUAAUAACCUGGAAGAAUUAGCUUCAGAAGUACCUAAAAACGACAUAAGAAGGUUCAGGUAACAUGGUAAAUUUUUAGAAAAAGACUAGGAAAUUUUUUUGCAGCUUCAGGAUUUUAUGAGUCUCCCAAAGGCUUCAUUUUCAUCAAAAAAGUUAUCAGUUAAAAAAAGGCUGAUUUUCGUAAUAUGCGACGCUUGAAAUUUCAUCGAACGACAUUCCGCUGUUCCGCUGCGCGCGGUCGCGAAGCUUCUUUGCGAAUCUCGGCCGCAAUUUUCAAUUUCAUUCCAGUACUCGAUUUUAACUUGGAACCGUCUUUUCACCUGAAAGAAUAAACUAUCAAAAGCGCGACCAAGAUUCGCAAAACCGCGUCGCGACCGCACGCAGCGCAACAGCGGAAUGUCGUUCGGUGAAGUUUCAAGUCAUGGCACAUACACUAUGAAAUUUGAUAGGGUUUCAAAAUGAAAAAUCGUUCAAUUUCUCCAAAUAUUCACCCCCAGAGACCGAAUCUAGAAGAAUUAGCUUUAGAAGUAUCUAGAAACGACACAAGAUGGCCUAGGUUACAUGCUCAGGUCUUAGAAGAAGACUAGAAAAAAAUUUUUGCAGCUUAAGAAUUUUAUGAGUUUCCCAAAAGCUUCAUUUACAUUACAAAAGUUAUCAGUUCAAAAAAAAGGCUGAUUUUCGUAAUAUGCGACGCUUGAAAUUUUCUCGAACGACAUUCCGCUGUUCCGGGGAGUGCGGUCGCGUAGCGUCUUUGCGAAUCUCGGCCGCAAUUUUUAAUUUCAUUUCAGUACCCGACUUUGCUUUGGAACCGUCUAUUCACUAGAAAGAAUAACCCAUCGAAAGCGCGACCUAGAUUCGCAAAACCGCGUCGCGACCGCACGCAGCGGAACAGCGGAACGUCGUUCGGUCAAAAUCCAAGUCAUGGCACACAGACUCGAAAUUUCAACCAAAUGUUCACCCCAGAGGCCGAAUCGUGACGGUGGCCAGCAUCUGCGCCCGCGUCGUUCUCCCCUCAAAUGGCCCCUACAAUGUCGCAAAACACGCCGUCGCUGCUUACUGUGACACUAUUAGGUUUUUUUCGAAAGAUAUCCGAACGAUUUCGAAAUUUUCAGACAAGAACUCCGACUUUUCGGCGUCUCAGUACACAUCCUCGAGCCGGGAUUCUUCAAAACCCCGUUGAUUGACUUCCCGAAAAUGAGGGUUCAAUGAAAGAGUUUUGAUUCAAAUUAUUCGAUUUUUCAGGCAGAGAUGAGCAAAGGCUGGACGGACGCGCCGAAACACGUGCGAGAGGAGUACGGCGAGGAGUUCUACAAGAAAAGUGAACGAGUUUCGAAAUCAGAAAAUUGGAGCGAAAUCAAAAAAAAAGUGAACAGUAUUAGGCAGAAACUUGGUCUUCCAGGGUUGCUUUAUCAAGAAAUCAGAAGAAAAAGUGAAUUUUAGAACAAAAAAACUGGAAAACUUUAACUAGUUUUUUUGAGCUGUUUUCUCGGAAUUCAAUCAAUGCUUUUUUUUACUGUUUUUUUUUGUUUAUUGCGUCUUGUAAGAAUGUAAGAAUACAUGUGCAAUCGACUUUCAUUGGUUUGACUGCGUUUAAACAGCGGCAGGAGCUGUGGCUUAGGCGGAGAAGUGUGAAAUUCGCUCGUAGAACAUCAGGUACAAGAAAGGUCGUAGGAAGAGUUACGGUGCUUUCCAAAGGCCGAUGUUAGGGAUUGAGCUUUUUCGCUGCAUCUUCCAAUAUUAUCUACCCCGGAGGGAUGGAAGGCUUGGUCGACCUUGGGGGGGGGGGACUCGAACCUACGACUUCGCGGACGUUAGAAAUGAGUCUUACUAGUUGAGCUAUGCCGCCCCUUUUUUUUAAAUGAUAAUGUAUUUUUAACAGCCGAGAGCUUGAUAACAUGUACAAAAACGGAUUAAAAGUGAUGUAAACAUGUAAAAAAAAAUACUGAAAAGAAAUUAAGAACAUGCUGAAAAAGUCGGCCGGUUCGGACACUUUUUUUUUAUGACGCCUAUUUUUUCAAUUUUCGAAAUUUGAAAAGUUUUUUUUGGGCUUUAUAAAGGUGUUAACGGUUUUCAAGUACCUAUUUUUUCAUUAAAUGACGAAGUCAGUUUUUCGAAAAUUCUGGCCAAUAUAUUCACGAAAAUUCACUUUUUUUUCCCCUGAAUUUCACCAGUUUCGCCAAAAAAAUGCUUCUAAAUCUUAAUGAACACUAUUCCGUACUUGAAAGACUUCAGUUUCAGGUCAAAUUAUAAAUUUUCCCAUGAAAUUUAUUGAAAAGAACAGAAAAUCUACUUUUUCGAGACACUCUCUUGAUGUAGCGAAGAGUUUUUAACAAUUGAAGAAAAUUUGAAUUUUUUUAAGGCGAAGAGCUCAGCUUGGACUUCCUGCAGACGGUCAGUAGCGACCGGAUCGAUUAUGUCAUCGACGCCUACUUCCACGCCUUGACCGCCGUCUUCCCUCGUCCCCGUUAUCAAGUCGGCUGGGACAGCAUCCUUUUGUAAAUUUUUCUUUUUUACUAGAAAUUUCUGAGCCUGCUCCGAAUUUCUAUAGUGAGAAGUUACAGAGAAGAAUAUUAAAAAAAUAAUAAUAAAUGACUGAAUAAGGUCCGUGAAAAUCUCGCAUGGAAGGUUUGAAAUUUUCUAUAAAUUUGCUCAAUUCUGACCAUGAGAAGCAUGCUAAAACUUCAAGGAUUUUCCAAAAGUUUAUCAGCGCAAAUAACUAAUUUUUUGAUAAAACAUGGUCAUCGAACUAUUUUUGAACGGUUUUAAUCAUGAAAUUUUGAUAUUUUCAUCAGAAUCCGUCAAAAAAAGUAAUGGCAAAAAACGGUAGCGACAAAAAAAUUCGAACCUUCGACAUAGGCUCCGUAAGUUGCCGCGCUAGCCACUGCACCACGCUCCUAGCUGCAAUGCAAUGGCUGGUGGCGCGGACACAUUGCUUCCGAACGGUGUCACGUGUUUAAGGAUGAAAACUUCAAAAAAUCAUAUCUCCAAAACGAAAAGUUUGCGCAGAUAGCGACUUUGGGGGAUCGACUCUCAGUCCUACAAAGAUUCUUUGAGAAAAUCUAUAGAAAGUUCCGAACCCUAUGCAAAAAUGACCCUCCAUGUUAAAUAAGUUUCUCUGAUUAUGAAAAAAAAAAAAUUGUUUCCGAGUUGUAAAGCAAUUUUUGACCGGCUUUCCCUAGGUACUCUAUGCCGCUUUGUAGAAAAUGGAUUUAUUCCGAUUUUUUUAGGAACAAGUUGCCAAAUUUCGAACCCGAUCUGAAAUUUCCAUUAAAUUUUUUCCGUGACUAGAAAAUUGGCUUGAUUACGAUAAAAAACCGGAGUUUUCAACCCAAACGAAGCCACCAACCAUUGAACGAAAAUUUCGAGAUCCGCCCACCGAAAAAAAAGAAACAUUUUCUGGUCGAUCCAAACUUUACAUAAUCUCGAUUUAUUUCGCAACAAAAACAGUUUUUGGUCAGGGUCCAAGGGUAUAAAUGGGAAGUUUUUCAGGUUCAUCCCAUUCUCGCUGAUUCCGACGCCCAUCCAGGACCUGGUCUACAAGGUCGCCGCCCUCAGGCUUCCGAAACCCGCCGCUUGUAGAUAG